GCGGCUAAAGUACAUUCGAAAUUGUUUUACCCGUUUCAACUGACGCUCUAUAAUUGAAUUCUAGUUAUACGAUAUGGGGGACUAUGCUGAGGCAGAGGGUAUCGCGCUGAAACGCUUAGCAGAGGAACGGAAAGCAUGGCGAAAAGAUCAUCCCUUUGGUUUUGUAGCCAAGCCCAUGAAGAACCCUGAUGGUUCGUUAGACCUGAUGACUUGGAAUUGUAGUAUACCAGGAAAAAAAGGCACACUGUGGGAGGGAGGAUUGUUCAGUCUUAGAAUGUAUUUCAAGCCAGAAUAUCCAACAACACCACCCAAAUGCAAGUUUGAGCCACCACUGUUCCAUCCCAAUGUAUUUCCGUCUGGUACCGUAUGUCUUUCCCUCUUGGAUGAAGAAAAGCACUGGAGGCCAGCAGUUACAAUCAAACAGAUUCUCUUAGGUAUUCAAGAUUUAUUAGAUCAUCCAAAUCCUAAAGAUCCUGCUCAAGCUGAUGCCUAUACGUUAUAUAUACAAAACAGAAAGGAAUACGAUACACGAGUUAAAAAGCAGGCCGAGUCUUUUCGAAACCCCAACUUGUAACUUUCUAUAUUUCAUUGCAAGAUAUAAGAUAACCAUUUAAGUGUAAAUACAAGACAAAUCUUAUGCUUCAACAUAGUUGCUAUUCUGUUUCAUGCCCCGAUGGGCUUUUCUAUACUAUUUUCAACCUACUCAUACUUUGAAAUUGCAACUAUCUACUAGGUAAUUUUUUUACAUGCGGUGAAAUCCAUAACAUAAUAGAACUGGAUCACAUUCAUCACCAACAGUGUAUGUCUGUUGUUAGACCCGUCAUUUGUUCUAUUCCUAAUGCUGAUCGUGGUGUGUUAAGAAUGGAAAUUAUACCAAAACAUGAUGUAAACUGUUCGCCUGAAUUUCAUCAAUUAGUUACCUUGGCAGUUCUCUUUUUAAAAGCUGUCGGGUAAUGUUAGGAUGUUUGAAGA